AUGCCACAGACAGACAUGUAUUCUUCAUUAUUGAAUACGGGAUCACCCGUUGUUGUUGUGUUACACUUAAUCCCACCACAACUUCGAGUACUAGCUUUUCUACUACCCCUGCGGUUAUUCAGACCUAUUCUCAAGUUAACAGCUAGCCCGCCAUCAUUCAAUCGACGGCCGUCAGGUCCAUUUUUGGACGGUCUUGCGGUGGAGCUAAAAGAGCAAAUCAUUCGUUUAGUAGACCCGAUCGGGUUGAUCUCGCUACGUCAAACGAACCUCCACUUCCGCAGCAUCAUCGAACCCCAGAGGCAACAGUCCAUCGAGCGUCUGCUGGCUCUUGAGUGCCUUCCGAGGUAUGGAGGCUCCCUUCUACCCUUCACGAAAUGCCACGGCAAACCCCUCUGGAGCGACCCCGACCUCUUGGCGACGCAGACGCGGUCGCGAUGGGCCUGUACUGGUUGCAAGAGGCUUCUCCCUUAUUACCAUUUUCAAUACAAAUUCUUGGCCGAGGUGAUUUGGCGAAAGCCCCCGCCUGGGUCCCCUGCCACCAAGAUCAUUACUUCUUGGGAGCCUGGGCUUGGACGCAUCGCGAGGGUUGUAACACCGCUAACGCCACUCCCAGCCGACGGCGGCAGAAGCAUACAAGAUCGCUAUAACCUCAUUGUUGGGGAUAUUCUAGCCAUAAGUCCUAACGAGCUGUUCAAUCAGAUCCGAAACCACAACCUGAAUCACUUUGAGGGAAUGCACUACGGCGACUUUUUGGGACGAAUCACGUAUAACCCGAACAACAUACGUGAGCUACUUUUGUGGAAUUUGAUCUCAAUGCAGAACAGCGAGUUCGGCAGUAGCCGACACCAUUGA